AUGGUAGUCAUUACUACUCGUGGUAAGGAAAAGCGUCCAAAAUUUCUAUUAGAAUUUAGUAUCAAUGAAUUGAUUAAUGUGCCACAAUCUACUGGCUACUGUUAUGUUAAAUGGAGUUUAAAAGAUGGUACCGGUAUAUCUUCCCAUAGGUUAUCGACAGUGGAGAGUAUUGAUAACCAGAUGGUCAAUACCAAAAGUAAAGGGGAGACUUCUAAACAUAAAGUUAAAUCGCAUAAAGUUGAUUGGGGCCAUGUCAUCGAGAAGCCAAUACCUGUAAAAUUGCAUGUAGAUAAAGAUAAUAAUCUAAUAGAGAAGUUAUUGAGGUUUAGAGUAAUAUAUCAAUCUGAAGAGAAAAGUGGUCGAGGUAGUGAGAAAUUGGACUUGGGUACCGUAAAUGUGAAUAUCGCAGAUUAUGUCAGAGAAGAUGAAAUGGCUGUUAGUAAUAGAUUUCUUUUAAAGGACUCUAGGAUUAAUUCUUUGCUAAGUAUUUCUAUACAGAUGAAACUGUAUAGAGGUACAUAUAGAGAAUUUAAUUUACCACUAUCUAAAAAUGCAUAUGGUCAAAUUCCUGGCGCGUUUCAUACAAGUAUAAGUGAAAUAUUGGAAGAUGUCGUAGAUAUUAAUUCUCCUACAUCAUCGCUGUUUAAAGGUACACCUCAAAUAGGUUCACCGAGACCAAGUCUCUCUCCAAGACCAACACCAUUACCAAUACAUACAGCGGCACUCAUGGGACAUUCGGAAAGUCAGUUUUCCAGCAAUGUACCAAACAUCAGUGCUCCAAACACUGGUGUCAAAUAUGUGUCACCUUUAGUGGAUAAGCUGCUACUAACAACCUUCCACAUGCCUUGGGAUCCAAGACCUGGCGAAUAUAAUCCUAGAGAGUGUGUCGAAGAUAUAAUUCGCGGUGGUAAUGGUUGGGCUAAGAAUGGGCAAGGUAUUAAGUUGAUAGAUCUUCAGGCACUAAAACUAUCUGAAGAAGAGUUUAGAUAUUACAAAGCGCAUACAAAUAGUGGCAACACUGAUAUAGAUGAUGCUGAAGAUGCAUUUUCAUUAGCACAAAGAGAAAUUUUAUCAGGAAGGCAUACUGGUAAUACACAAUCAAUGGGUACCAAGGAAUAUUUGAAACGUAGGGAAAAUUGGAAUGAAAUAUCUAAAGUUAUAGAUGAUACUACAGCUUCACCUUUAAUUUAUACCGGUGCUAGUCAAAUUUUUGGAGGUCAGGAAUUGACACAACACCCGAUAGUGGAUACCAGAAGUUGGUCUGUAUCAAACAAUUACACAGCAUGA